AGAAAUAAUGCCAGCAAAAAAUGGAUCAGCACAGACUGGCAAUAGCAGCCCACCAGAACUCAGUGUGACACUUCCAAAGAUGAGUGAUCUUUUUACAAUCUUUAAUCCUUGGGAAACAGUUGAACUUCCUGUUGACAUUCUUUUAUUAACAGUGGAGGACUGUGAGUUCUUAAGCUGCUUUGCCUACCUGAAGGAACCCUUUAAUAGUUACCACAUCAGUACUGGCCCUGUGUACUUUGGGUGCAUGGGUGAUGAUCAAGGAAAGAAAAUGAAAAUCGCAUUGAUGAGGUGCUCCAUAGGUCCUGUUGUUCCUGGGGGUUCUUUGUCCAUUUCAAAAGAUGCCAUUUUGCUACUGAGACCUAAGGCUAUUUUUUCUGUUGGUGCCUGUAGUGGUUUGAACAACAAAAAGGUCAAGUUAGGAGAUGUGGUUGUUUCAGCAAAGCUUAUAACAGCUGCACAAAAAACUCCCCCCAGCAGAGAUAUUGGAAACCUGAUCAAACAUGUGGCUGAUGGGUGGAAGGCACCUUUACUAAAUGCUGAUGAAUAUAAUGCCAAAGUGCAUUGUGAUGGAGUGGUUCUGAGUAUCUCAGAGGCAAACAGAGAUAUGAUUAGGAAACAUCCUGAAGCAAUUGCAGUUGAAAUGGAAGGUGGAGGAGUGUAUGCAGCAGCAGCCCAUGAUUUUAAGACAGAAUGGGUGGUAGUCAAGGGCAUCAGAGACUUUGUAGAUGAAACGCAGUCUUCAAGUAGGAAAUGGCAACAAAUUGCCUGUGUGAUGGCAGCAUCUGUUGUGGCCAACAUUUUGAAUGAUUCAGUCAUUUUCCAAGACUGGCCUUACUUUAAUGCAGAUACCAGUGAAUCACACGCACCAGCCGUAAGUGCCUACACUGCAGCCCUAAAAUCAUCUAUUCUAGGCCAAACGGAAUUCCAGCAAUUCCAGCAUAUACUGCUUCCCUCUCGCGCGAUUUCCAACGCGAAAACAGAUGAAAUAUUCAUUAAUCUUCUCGUACAUCAUGGAAGAAAAGUCCUCGUCAGGAAUGACAAAACAAAUACAAGAAGUGAAAAGCUUGAGUACUACGGAAAGGUCAUCGCUACUCCGGUUGAGCAUUGCGAUAAGAUAUUUAUUGAGAUGAGUGAUGAUCAUGAGAAUCCUAAUUCUAUUCUUGUCGUUGGAAAAGCUGGGAUUGGGAAAUCUCUGUUUUGCCAAAAGUUGAUUCGCGAUUGGGCUAACGCUUUUCACGCGAAAGGAAACACUGAAAUCCUCGAUUUAAAGUUUGCAUACUUGCUUACUUUCCGUCAAUUGAACAUGUUUGGAAACCACCCUGUGACUUUAAGAGAAAUCUUAAACUGUACUUCGGUCCAGGAUGACAAUUCUAACAUGGAUGACUUUAUAUUUGAGUACAUUGUAAAGCAUCCCAGGCAAGCUAUGAUUAUCAUCGAUGGUUAUGAUGAGUAUUCGCAGCAGGACUACAUCGCUGGAAACUUAGAAGAAGAGCAUCUCAGUGACGCUAGAUGUGAAAUGCCGGUGGCCGCAUUAUGUUCAAAGCUCAUCAAAGGAAAAAUAUUGAGAGGAGCUAUCGUUAUGGUUACCUCGCGACCUGAUGAAUCGGACAAGAUGGGAGGAAUCCGUUUUAAACGGUACGUGGAAAUUGCGGGAUUUUCUUCAGAACAAGUCAAAGAAUACAUUGAGAAGUACUUCAAGAAAGACGGAAAUAUGAAGAACGCUGUACUUAAACAUGUCAUGAACAAUGAGCACCUCGUCAGGUUUGCUCAUAUUCCUAUCCUCUGCUUUGUGUUGUGCUUCGAGAUGGAGUAUAUCCUCGAUUCAGGAAACCUUCAAGACCUUCCUGUGUCAGCAACCGACAUUUACACCAAACUUAUGGACAUCUUUGAACUUAAGUUCACCUUAGAGUCAGAAUACAGACAGGAAGAAAUUCCUGAGCAAUUCAAGCCCCCUUCUUUCAUCCCAGAGACAUUCGAGAAAUUAUCAAGACUAGCGGCAAAACUGCUGCUUGAGAGAAAGCCAACCUUUGAUGAAAGCGAGAUGAAGGGCGAUUUUGAAGCGGAAGAAGUCGACAAACUGAAACGUAGCGGUCUUCUUUACUGUGGUCAGUCUUUCAGGACUGCAUCGAUUACAACCGCGAGGCACUUAAGCUUUUUUCACCAGACCUUCCAAGAGUUCUUAGCCGCUCGUUGGUUUGUAAAGGAGAAUCGUGUUCCACACGAGAAAUGCUCUGAAAUGGUUUUCCAAUUCAUGGCGGGCUUAAUGCAAACGGAGGGAAACGUGGAACUGAUGGUAAAAUUAUUAGAUUCACCCUUCAUAGAAUCCGCUCUUAAAAUAACAUGUCUGAAUGAGUAUCAAAGCAAAGAAUUCGCCAAGAAGUUCAUCAGGAAUAAUCCCCAAGCGUUUUGUAUUUCUGACGGCGUCCUGGCGUUAGAGAAUUUAUCAGACGUAAACUGCAUUGAAGCAUCAUUUGUGUUGGACAUUGUCACUGAACUAAAUAGAGAGGAAGCUGGAGAGGCACAACACAAAUGUGCUGAUAAGUUCGUCACAGUUAAGAAGUUAGAACUUAAACGUUCACAGCUAACACUGUAUGGAUUACAACGACUUUGUAAUUCACUGAACAAUGGACACUGUCUUGUGUCUGAACUGAACUUAUUAUUGAGUGACUUGACUGAUGAAUGCGUUGAUGUUAUUAAUCGAUUAGUAGUGAGGAAGUUAAUCACACUAAGCCUGCAGCAAAUUGAGAUCACUAAUACCGGUGUUGCCAGUUUAUGUGAAGCUUUACAGCAUCCAAGCUGUAAGCUAACUACACUAAAUCUGGAGGGUAUUGAGUUCACUGACACCAGGGUUGCAAUGUUAUCUGAAGCUUUACAGCAUCCAAGCUGUAAGCUAGCCACGCUAACUCUGGAGGCUAAUGAGAUCAGUGAUACUGGGGUUGCCAGUCUGGGUGAAGCUUUGCAGCAUCCAUGCUGUAAGCUAACCACUCUAAAUCUGGGGGGUAAUGAGAUCACUGCUACCAGGGUUGCAAUGCUAUCUGAAGCCUUACAGCAUCAAAGCUGUAAGUUAACCACACUAAAUCUGGGGGUUAAUGAGAUCAGUGAUACCGGGGUUGCCAGUCUGUGUGAAGCUUUACAGCAUCAAAGCUGUAAGCUAACCACACUAAAUCUGAAGGGUAAUGAGAUCACUGAUACUGGGGUUGCCAGUCUAUGUGAAACUUUACAGCGUCCAAGCUGUAAGCUAACCACUCUAAAUCUAAGGGCUAAUGAGAUCAGUGAUACCGGGGCUGCUAGUCUAUGUGAAGCUUUACAGCAUCCAAGCUGUAAGCUAACCGCGCUAAAUCUGGAGGGUAAUGAGAUCAGUGAUACCGGGGCUGCCAGUCUAUGUGAAGCUUUACAGCAUCCAAGCUGUAAGCUAACCACACUAAAUCUUGGGGGUAAUGAGAUUACUGAUACCGGGGUUGCCAGUCAUUGUGAAGCUUUAAAGCAUCCAAGCUGUAAGCUAACCACACUAAAUCUGUGGGGUAAUGAGAUCACUGAUACUGGGGUUGUCAGUCUAUGUGAAGCUUUACAGCAUCCAAGCUGUAAGCUUACCACACUAAAUCUGGGGGGUAAUGAGAUUACUGAUACCGGGGUCGCUAGUCUAUGUGAAGCUUUACAGCAUCCAAGCUGUAAGCUAACCACACUAAAUCUGAGGGGUAAUGAGAUCACUGAUAGCGGUGUUACCAGUCUAUGUGAAGCUUUACAGCAUCUAAGCUGUAGGCUAACCACACUUAAUCUGAGGAGUAAUGAGAUCACUGAUACCGGAGUUACCAGUGACUCAAGUCGGGAACCUGUUCGAGCUAUAGUGCACAAAUAACAGACCAGGUUUUGAACUUCAAGUGUAGAAAUAUAAAUAUAAGAUGCACUUUCCCUAAAGGUGGGCAGAAGUAUUAAAAUAAUUAACAUAAGCGUAUUUGUUAUUUUGUCAAUCUGUUUCAUUGGUUUCAAUUUUAACCUUGAUUUUGGUGUAGACCAAAACAGUUGCCAAAUGCUUGGAAACAAAGUAUUUCCAAUCAAUCUUGAUCGUUGUAUCAAUUUAUGGUUAGAGUUUGUCUUGAACGCGGCUUAAGGCAUGUAAGCAAUACUUUCUCUAGCCUUUUCAGGUUAAUGUUACAGUUAUUGAAAUGUUUUUUCAAGUUUUAGAUUUCGGUUUUGAGUCAAUGAGGGUUACCAAGUACUUGAAAUAUUUUAGUUCAAUGGGAGUGAAGCGUAACGCUCGAUGUAAAUAGAACUACAUCCAAUAAAGGUUUUGU